AAACGUACCUGCUGAUAACGUUCAGGUACACUCGCUCGGCCUGGCGACCAACUGUAACAUUACAUUCUCACGAUUACAAGCGAUUACAAGACGUUUCCAUCACAUAUCCCCCACAUUCAAACACCACCGAAGAACGCGACAAACGGCUGGUGCAAACAUCACCCCGACUCACAGCCAUGGCGGGCCUUCCGCCGGACACGAUCCAUGUCAAGCGCAAACGUGGCGAAGAGGAGCCUGUCGACUUUCUGCAUUUCGAGAGGAGCAAGCGGUCCCGCAGCCAGUCCGGCGACGGUGCCUGGGUUUACCAGCGCAAGCAAUCCAACCAAAGGCCUGCCGACCAUGCAACGCCAUCACCCCCAGUCGCUACCGUCCCCACUAUCCAGGCCACCCGAGACGGCGACGAUGUAGCCCUAUCGAAACGAGCACCUAAGCGACCGCUGACCGCUGCUCCUGCUGCUCCUGCAAAGCCACAACAGUCAGAACCGACCUUGUCAAGCGCCCCGGCUGCUGAGCGCAUUCGUCGGUUCCACCUGUCCCGAUCCGACUCGCCGCAGCUGCCCGCUGGUGUCUCCAAGAAGCGUACUGCCCCUGUCGUGUUCAUCGAGCGGGAUGCAAAGAAGCAUCGGGAAUCACUCAGGGCCGUCAUUGAGAAACACCAUGUUGAGCCCACAGACCGACAACCACAAGCCCAGGUCGGCUCCAAGGCCGAGGACAGAGAGGAGGAACCGGCUGCUCCGCCACAGCCCAGUCCGGUCAAGUAUAAACGGCCUGGAACCAGGGCUCUCAAAACUGCGCCUAAUACCAGGCCCUCUCCGGCGCCGCCCCUACCUGACCGCCAGGACAAGGACAUGGAUGAAAUGACGCGCCUCAUGGAUAGCUGGACACUCGACCUGAUAGCCCAAGAUCGCGAGAAGAUGGAGGAGCAGCGCACAAAUUCCAAGUACAAUCCCGCCACGUCGCGAUUCAAGCCCAAGGCCCCGAAGCUGCGCUAUUUCGAGCGCCACCCGGAGUCCUUGGCCGCGAAGGAACGGGAAAAGACCGCUCAGCAAGCCGCAGCUGCCACAACAACAGCCAUGGACGUCAGCGUGGAUGACACGACUGACGACGAGGACUACGUGCUGGAGACGUACGAGCGUGUACCUGCUGAACGCCUGCUGGACCAGGAGGUGCCCGCACAUCGCGUCGGCUUGCUGGUUUUUGAUACGGAGCCUGAUAUGGUCGAGUUCUUCUACGGCAAUGAGUCGGACAGCGAAGACGACUACGUGGAAGACGACGUGGACUCAAAUGACGAGAACUUUUACACAAACGAGUACCCCGACGAAGAGCUCGCCUCGGACGACGAGUUCGAUCGCGACCCGUACCAGUACAGGAACCAAAAUGCCUCGGAUCUGGAGGAGUUUGAUGAGAGGGAUUUCGAGGAGGAGCAGGAUCGCGAGGCUGCUUGGACCGAUGAGGUGUGGGACAGAUGCGAGAGACUCCAAGGUCAGCCAGGGUGGGAGUAAUGCAUGGGCAUCCGCCUUUAUUAACACGUCCCUGAGGACUCCCGACGAGAAUGUGCCAUGAGUGAGCGUAUUACGAUGUGGCUCUCAAAACGUGCACACGCUGUUGGUCUCCAAAGCGGUCCCAGCAAUAAGUACUGAUUAGC